AUGGAUACCGUCUGGAAUGACUCAGGCAACGCAACUAGACAAUCUGACAAUAGUCGAGUGGCAAAGGAAGUCCUCGUAGGAUUAGUGUUAUCUUUGAUAAUAGCAGCAACUAUUUUCGGAAACACGAUUGUCCUGAUUGCUGUGUGUAAGCAGAAGACACUGCAUACUAUUUCAAACUACUUCCUGGUUUCCCUUGCCAUGGCGGAUCUGUUAGUCGGUAUUGUUGUGAUGCCUCCCGCUAUGCUGUUAAAGGUGUUCAGAUCAUGGCUACUUGGAGCGACGUUUUGUUCGCUGUGGACCUCCUUGAAUUUAAUGCUGACCAACGCGUCUAUUUUAAGUCUAUGUAUAAUUAGCAUAGAUCGGUAUCUGCUAAUUACACAACCCCUCAAGUAUAAACAGAAAAUGACACCACUGCGGGCGCUGAUACUGAUCGUUUCCACGUGGAUAUUCGCAAUAUUGACUUCUUUUUUGCCGAUUCAGUUGCAAUGGUACAGUCAGUCGUCAGUGCCGUCGACAUCGCUGUGUAGCUUCGGCAUGUCGCGAACUUACGCCUUGUUGGCCAGUAUAUUACUCUUCUUCUCCCCACUUGCGCUGAUCUUGUACACAUAUGGGCACAUUUUCAAGGCGGCCCGGGAACAAGCACUGCGUAUUGCUACUGCACCAGCAGUAACGGAAAAACAAAUAGACGAAACGUGGAUAUCAAAGUUCAGACAGAAGCAAGACAAUGUGAAAGGAAAAAAAGCAAUGAAAACCCUGGGUAUUAUUGUGAGCGCAUUUUUAAUCACGUGGUUACCUUAUCAUAUAUUAUUGCUCAUUCAAGCAAUUACCCAGCAAAUGCAGCCUGAUUUGCAUACAUCAUUAGCAUGGCUUGGCUUUUGCAACUCACUAAUUAAUCCUAUCAUAUAUCCAAUGUUGAUUAAAGAUUUCCGAACAAUUUUUAUAAAGUUUUUUAAACGGGAGAAACAUGUGACCAGGGCUAUAUUGUCAUCUACUAUGAAGGCGACGCUAAGUGUAGUGUAUGAUUGUAAACUGGAAAUAAUAGACCCAGAACAUAGCGCACUUCAUUCGUUAUUUGCUAAUAAUGAAGAUAUUUAG